AUGGAGAGCAGAAAGUUGAUCUUCAAUAUUACCUGAAAAAGAUAUCAAUUUUAUUAAAGACAUAUUAGACCGAGACCGUGCUGAACUACUCCAAAAAAUGCAGAUUUAGAAUAAAAUAGGUUAUAAUAAGCCGUCAUUAUAAUAAUUAUAUAUGCAUGCUCAUACACCUCUCCUUUAAUUUAUCCUGUGAACUGCACUUCUGGAAGCAAUAAAAGCUUCAUAGUAAGGCAUGCCAUAGAGUGUUAA